UGCGUGUGUAAGUGAGUGUUAUCAGUCAGCUGUAUCGAUCUGAUGAACGCCUGAUGGUGUGAAGUUCUGUUCUGACUGGAUAUAUCUACAGAUCCAAUGCAAAGUGUCGGAGCAGAGGAAACAUCAGGGCCGAUGUUGCAGAGGAAGGAGUCGUUUUCUCUCCUCUCUACAUCAGAGAAGUGGCUCUUCAGAGGGAAGAAGAGGAAGCAGAGGAAGAGAGAUGUGGACUCACUCAGUCUCUGCAGUUUGGACAUCAAUGAGCCCAGCACGAAGCGUGUGAAGCCUCUGUCUCGAGUGACGUCUCUGGCGAGCCUCAUUCCUCCAGUUAAAGCUGCUCCGCUGAAGCGCAUUGGACAGACCCUGCAGCGCUCCAUCAGUUUCCGCAGUGACUGCCGCCCGGAGAUCAUGGCCCCGCGGCAGAUCCCGCCAGCCGUCACCAAGCGCCGCGACAGCAAGCUGUGGAGCGAGACCUUUGACCUAGGCCUGGGACACAUGCUGUCCUCCAGAGACAUCAAGAGACAAGAGUCCAUCUUUGAGCUGUCUCAGGGAGAACAGGACCUGAUUGAGGACUUGAAGCUGGCCAAGAAGGCGUAUCGUGACCCCAUGCUGAAGCUGUCGAUUAUGGCGGAGCAUGAACUCAGUCAGAUCUUUGGCACGCUGGACUCCCUCAUUCCCCUGCAUGAAGAUUUGCUGAGUCGGCUGCGAGAGGCCAGGAAGCCGGACGGCUCGACCGAUCGCGUGGGCCAUAUUCUAGUGGACUGGCUGCCGUGUCUCGACACCUACAACAGCUACUGCAGUAACCAGGUGGCAGCCAAAGCCCUGCUGGACCAUAAGAAGCAGGACCCUCGGGUGCAGGACUUCCUCCAGCGCUGCCUGGAGUCGCCCUUCAGCCGCAAACUGGACCUGUGGAGCUUCCUGGACGUCCCGCGCAGCCGCCUGGUCAAAUACCCGCUGCUGCUCCGAGAGAUCCUCAAACACACCCCCAACGCCCACCCCGACCAGCAGCACCUGGAGGAAGCUAUUAACAUGAUCCAGAGCAUCGUGGCCGAUAUCAACACACAGACGGGCGAGUCGGAGUGCCGUUUCUACAAGGAACGCUUGCUGUAUCUGGAAAGUGGGCAGAAAGAUCUAUUGAUCGACAGCUCGCGGAUCCUCAGCUGCCACGGAGAACUCAAGAACAACAGAGGAGCCAAGCUGCAUGUGUUCCUGUUCCAGGACGUGUUGGUGAUCACACGGGCCAUUACCCAGAAUGAGCAGCUGUGGUAUCAGCUCUACCGGCAGCCGAUCCCAGUGAGAGAGCUGGAGUGGGAAGACCUGCAGGACGGAGAGAUGCGCCUGGGCGGCUCCAUCAGAGGGGCCUUCAGCAACCAUGAGCGGACCAAGAACUUUUUCCGGGUGGUGUUUCGCAGUGGAGGACAACUGCAGUCGCACUCGUUCCAGGCCAGCGAUGCCUUCAACAAACAGCAGUGGCUCAACUGCAUCCGCCAGGCCCAAGCAGGAGCGCGGCGGUGUGUGGACUGCAGCGUGAUGGACACCACUGAGGCCAGCCUGGGUCUGAGCACUGAGCGCACACACACGUAAACCCCUCGUCCAGUGCAGAAACUCUCACGAUCCUGCUAACCAGCGAUCCUCUCAGUAUUGUGUUUCGGAAAUGCCACCGUUCGCAGGAAGCACUUCUCUGGAAUUGACACUACCUUUGUUUCUCAGUGUUCCUCAACUUCUAUGUUAUACUUGUGCCUUUCUUUCACUGUGCUGUUGUUUUGUUAACUGACCGUUUGUCCACUGAAAGUCACCGAGGAUGAGCUUUCUGCCAUUCCACAUCCUGUGACGCUGGGCCGUUUUACAGUAGAGCGCACUGAAUG